ACUACUGAAUAUAGUCCCGUGUACAAUAUUUUUGUUUGGAAUUGAAUCUGUCUUCAAAUCAGAAGUUCCAAUCUAACGGUUUUGAUCCAAGGACUCAGCCAUCGACAUUGGACGCUCCGACGACCUUUGAACAUAGACUUUCUCCUUGUUCACAUCAUCGAUCAAUCACCUCCCGUUGUUCAAUCACACCAGAGGGAAAUGGAGAAAUUGGCUCUUCUAAGAUCUUUAUGCCGUUCCACUUUCUUCAGAUCCUGUCGUGGCUCUGUCGUUAACGAGAAAAAGCUCUUCUAUGGCUUCCGCAACUACGGCAGCCGAGGUUUAUUCCCUCUCGCUCCUCAAGCCGCCUCAGCCUAUUCAAAUCGCGUCUCUUCUGAUUGCAGGUCUUGCUUUGCAAUGGGCAUUGGAGGUGUACGCUCAUUCAGUGAAGAUGUAACUCACUUGCCUGUCAUAGCAGAUCCUGAUAUUCAAAAUGUUUUCAAGGACUUAAUGGCAGCAAGUUGGGAUGAGCUUCCAGAUGCUGUCAUUCAUGAUGCUAAGAAAGCUCUGUCCAAAAAUACUGGUGACAAGACUGGUCAGGAGGUCUUGGAAAAUGUCUUCCGUGCAGCUGAAGCUGUUGAGCAGUUUGGCGGGGUCCUAGUGACUUUGAGGAUGGAAAUUGAUGACAGCAUUGGCUUGAGUGGUGAGAAUGUGAAGCCCUUGUCCAACAAGUUUGUAAAUGCUCUCCGUUCAGUAUACAAGCGGUACAUGACAUAUUUGGAUGCUUUUGGCCCUGAUGAGGUUUAUUUGAAGAAGAAAGUUGAGACAGAGUUGGGGACUAAGAUGAUACAUCUGAAGAUGAGGUGCAGUGGCCUUGGUUCUGAAUGGGGAAGGGUUACAGUUCUCGGGACCUCUGGACUUUUUGGGUCCUAUGUUGAGCAUAGAGCCCCAUAAUUUUGGAAGGAGCUUAUCUUUCAAUUGUAAGCAUUCUUGUCUUUGGAUGCAUGUCCUCCCGUAAAUUGGAGAUGGUUAGAUGGGUGUAUUCUCUCCAAGGAAACUGUUCUAGGUUGAGUGGCUUUACAGGCAAAUAAAGAGCUCAUUUUAUCGUUGAAAAGAAAUAAUUAGUAAUGCCCUUAUUUGUCAGCUUUCUUUUCUAUUCUGUUGGACGUUUCUUUUAAAUCUAAUUAACAUGUUUGAUUCGAACUAUCUUUUUUUUGAUAAAUACAUUUGAUAAUUAUGAAUCCA